AUGUCCACCCAGCUCUGGGCCUCCCCAAAGUGGCUUCAGGCAGCUGCCCAGACUGGCACCUCUGAGACUGGGGCCUACAAGACAUUCCUGAGAAAUGCUGGGAUGCGGGUCAGUGGGGUAGAGACGGGAAGACGUGAUUCAGAGGGUGCCCCGAGGAAGCGUCUCAAACCUGCUGAACCCCACCGCGCCCUAGAGAAGGAGCCUAAAGGUUGGACCCGGAGAGGUACUUGCCUGCUGCUGUCGCCCAGCUCGGUUACUCUGGCGGCCCCCCGAGUGCGCCCUGGCCUAACUCGGGUUUGGGCUGGCUUCAAAGACGGUGCUGGAUCUUCCACACCUCACGCUAUGCCUCCAGCCAAGUGCCCACACCGUGAGGCCGAGGCCAGCCCUUGCCAAGCGUCUUGCCAGCCAAACGGAACUGGAAACAGGAUGGUUUGGCUGGUAGUAAGUGUGUCUGUGCCCACAGUGAGGGGACAUGAGAGGUGGCUGAGAGCAGCCUUUGAACCCAGCUUUGGGGGCUUGUUGGAAGCAGCAGUGUGGGAGGAGGAAGAGGUGAAGGAGGUGGAGGAGGAGGAGGAGGAGAAUAAGUACGAGCUGCCCCCCAGCGAGGCUCCACUCCCCCAUCUAGCCCCAGCCCACCUUCCAGGCUCUGAUGAAGACUCGGUGUACUUGGAUUACUCUGGCCCCCUGGGUCCCACCCAGUCAUCACCCGAACAGCCCCAGGCCCCAGAGGGGGUCCACCUGCCCCCACAUGGCCCUACCCCAGGCUACUUUCUCCGGCCGAAGGCAGCAGGGAGUCUGCAGGAGGGUGUGAAGCAGGGACAGUCCUCUGGGAGAGGAGGUAAUGGUGUCUGUUUGGGGCCCACAUACAGCAAUGCUGGGGUUGCUCCCUGCUCUGAACUUGAGGGUCACUCUAAUGAUGUUGGAGCAGACGGUGGGGGACAGGACAUACAACACUGGAUUUCGAACCCCGGCUCCCACACACAAAGCAUGCCUUCAGCCUUUGCAGCUUCUCCCAGCCCCAGUGUCCAGUUCUCUCAUCCCUUUUCUGCAAAGGCCUCUGGGGGGGGAGGCACUUGCUGCUUUGUCACAGGCUCCACCAGCUGCCUGAGAUGCCUGAGAUACUGGAGAGGAAACCUGAGGGCCCCCCAGACUCCCGAGGAGGACAAUGUCUACCUGGAGUUUGAGCCCAGCCCCAGUCCAGCUGCAGCCUCUCCUGGGCCCUGGGCCUCAGGACAGACAGGACAGACCCCGUGCCCUCUGACAGCCCUGACCCGGACUCUGAGCGCCCAGCAACUCACAGGCCCGGUCCCCAAGACCCAGGACUUCAGGGGGUACCCAGAAUCAAGAUUAGGAACAAACUCUGGGGCUGUUCAGGGCUUUUGGCCCAGGUAUACCUCCAAGCUCUGCACCCAUGGCCCCUUUUGCCUGCCUCCUGCCAGCCUGAUCUGUGUGGUCCUCCCAUAUCAUGCAGGCAGGAAGUCCUCUGUGCCCCCCAGAAACUCCACCCGGAGAGCAGCCCCUGCUGAGGUGAGGCGGGCUGGAGGGGCAGGGAGCCUGGUUGGCCAGGGGUUCUCACCUCCUGGGAACCGACUCUCGGGGCCUUCUGGGUGGGACCUGGGCAGGGCCAUGUCUGGGUUCAGCUGUGGUGUCAGGUCUGAGGAAGGCAAACCCAAAAACCCGGGAGUACAGGUGGGGGCUCUGCUGCCUAGCCCAGCUCUGUAUACACAUACAUGUAUUAUUCAUGUGUGUUUAUGUAUGUAUACAUGUACUGUUUAUGUGCAUGUGAGUAUGUACACGUGUGUCCUCUGGAUAGGAUGGUGUCCUGCUGGGGCAGCCAUGGUACUGUGGGAGCCUGGACCCGCCAUGCCUGUGGAGAGUGCCCUGCUCCAGUUUGGAAAGGACGGCUCCUACACAGUGGCCCCCAGUUCAGAGCCUCAGGGCCCCACAGCCCCUCACCCUGGUGGUAGCCUACUCCACGGCCGUGUCUUCAACGUCCCCAUCCGGCGGUUGGACGGGGGAUGCCACUACGCCCUGGGCCGGGAGGGCAGGAGCCAUGAGGAGCUCUUCUCCUCUGUGGGCGCCAUGGUGGAACACUACACUCAGCAACCCCUGCCCCUGGUGGACAGACACAGCGGCAGCCGCCAGUUCACCAGCCUGCUCUUCCCAGUUCAGCCCUGAGCCUUGCCCUACUGUGCUCAUCCUGGCCCCAGAGACACUCCACCCGGGGUGGUUCUCUUUCUCCACCUCACCCCUAGCCCUCCAGAGAGACCUGGAGAAGGAAGCCAGAGGCAGGAAGGUCUCAGGGACUGUCCCCUAAAUUCAGCCAGGGCUACCCUGGGCUGCAUUUCCAAGGCUGGGCAGCAGGGGACGGGCUUCCAGGUCCCAACCCCAGGAAGGGCUUUGUCCCUGCUUCAGCCUCCAGCUCUGGGGAGUGAGCAUCCAGUCAAUCUGCAAGGCCUCCCAGAAGCUUCCCCUCUCCUCCCCUCCUCUCUCCCUCCUUUCUCUUCCCUCUCCUCUUCUCUCUUCUGCUCCCCACCUGUCCUCCUUUCCCCGUUCUCCUCUCCUAUCUCACCCCCUCCCUUCCUCUCUUCCUUCCCGUCUUCCUCCUCCCCUUUCCCUCCCCUGCCUUCUCUCCCUCCCUCUCCUGCCGGGGUCUCUGGGAACAGUCUGU